AUUAAAAGAAAAAAAACCCCAUGGUCGUUGGCCGUGUAUUUCUGUGUUCUGUUUAUCUAUCCAGAUUUUUCGAUUUCUUAACGGUAGCAUGUUCUCACGCCUUCGUCAACCUUCUGCGUUUUGCCACACUCAUUAAUCUAUAAUCUUGAGGCUUCGAUUCACCACAGACCCUGAAUUUUGAAUUGCUCUUAAACUUCAAACUUCCCACUUUUUUGUUUUUGUUUUUGUCGUUUGGAUUUGGUGUUUUCAAGAUCAUGGGGUGGUACAGAAGGGGAAAGCUCGCUCUUGAUCAUUUUCGUAGAUUGGCUUCAAGGGUUACCCCUCAAAAUCCAAUUUUUCAGCGUGGUGCGAGGAUUUGCUCAUCUGGGUAUUUGGAUUCAGGUUCUAAAGUAGCUAGCUUUAAUGGGUUCUCUUCUUUUUGUUCAACUUCUCAGAGAUUAGGCACACGGGGUGUUGUUGGAGUUAACAGGAACUUUCACAAUUCGGUUCUUUUUGGGGCUAAGAGAUUUUACUAUGUUGACCCUCGCAAUGUGCGUCAUUUCAAGCCAAGAGGGCCAUGGCAUUGGUUUGAGAAUCCUAGGCAUGUUUUCAUUGUUGUGAUGGUUGGUUCAGGGGUUUUAAUCACUGUGUAUUUUGGUAACAUAGAAACAGUUCCUUACACAAAGCGAACCCAUUUGAUUCUGUUGUCGAAAGCCAUGGAGAGGAAGCUUGGGGAGAGCGAGUUUGAACAAAUCAAGACUGGUUUUAAGGGGAAGAUAUUGCCUCCUAUACAUCCUGAGAGUGUGAGAGUGACAAUGAUUGCCAAGGAUAUAAUUGAUGCAUUGCAGAGAGGGUUGAGGAAGGAGGAACAAGUGUGGAGUGAUUUGGGGUAUGCAUCAGAGCAUGCUAUGCUGGUUGAAGGGGAUGGAAGGGAGACAUUGAAUGCAUUGGCUGGGAGUGAAGAGAAGAUUGAAGGGAAUUGGGCCAAGGAGGAUGAGAUUCUUGACGAUAAAUGGAUUCAGCAGAGCCGGAAAAAGGGUCAGGAAAGAGGGUCACAAGCUGCAACAUCACAUUUGGAUGGGUUAAAUUGGGAGAUUUUGGUGGUAAAUGAGCCUGUUGUUAAUGCCUUCUGCUUACCUGGUGGGAAGAUAGUUGUGUUCACUGGUUUGUUAGAGCAUUUUAAAAGUGAUGCAGAGAUAGCAACUAUUAUUGGACAUGAGGUUGGGCAUGCUGUUGCAAGACAUGGUGCUGAGGGGAUUACCAAGAACUUGUGGUUUACUAUUCUACAGUUGAUACUUUAUCAAUUUGUUACACCUGAUAUUGUCCACACAAUGUCAUCCCUUUUCUUGCGCCUACCUUUCUCCAGGCGGAUGGAAAUAGAAGCUGAUUACAUUGGGCUGCUGUUAAUUGCAUCAGCUGGCUAUGAUCCGCGGGUGGCACCCAAAGUGUAUGAGAAGCUGGGAAAAAUCACUGGUGGUAAUUCUGCCAUUGGGGAUUAUCUCUCUACUCAUCCUUCUGGUAAAAAAAGAGCAGAAUUGUUGGCCCAAGCUAAUAUAAUGGAAGAAGCAGUUACUAUAUAUAGAGAUGUAAGAGCAGGACGUGGGGUUGAAGGUUUUCUUUAGGACUGCACAACCACCCCUUGUACUUUAAUAUAAACUUCAAUGGAUGGUAUGGUUUCAUCGAAACUUCAAUGGAAGAUUAGUUUAGUACAAAGUACGUAGUUGCAAUUAACUUCUGUAUUUGUUUGUGGGAGAAUACCCCCUCUUGCCAGUUUUUCCAAUCCAAAAAUACAGAAAUAAGUUAAGUGUUUAUAAUGUGUAGUGUACUGAAAAUAAAGAGUAUGAAAUUGGUGUUAUACAUGAUGUUUUAAAGUGGUGAUAUACUCACAAGAACAAAGAAAAAGUAACUGUUAGUACUUGGUA